AUGCAGACAAGGUCUAAAACUCGUAAAGCAGUAGCUGAAAACCCUCUUGUUAGUGACUCUCUUCCGGAUGAUACAUUAGUAGGCAUUCAGACAAGGUCCAGAAAACGUAAAGCAGUUGAAAACACUCUCGCUAACCUACCUCAUCAUAUCAUCAUAGACAUACUUCUUAGACUCCCAGCAGAAUAUGUUUUCCGGUGCCAACGUGCGUCUAAACUCCUUGAAAUCUUAGCCACAACUCCUUUCUACAUUCGCACACACCGUGCUCGUCACACUACUUCUAUCAUAGCUCUGCAAUCAUUUUCUCAAUCUAGUGACCGGGAGUUUAAGUUUUAUUUUACUGAUGAGCAGGCUCAAAAAGUUGAGGAAGCAAAACUGAAACUUGAUUUCUUCUACACGCAGAAAAAUGAUCCGGUCAUGCUUUAUGAUUCUUAUGACGGGUUUCUUUUAUUUAAUAACAGAAAAUUCACCGAGAGAUCCAUUUUUGUCAUAUGGAAUCCUACAACAGAUGAACAAGUAACUAUUACGAUGGAAGGCACUUACUUCAUGGCAUGUGGAUUUUAUUUCAAUCCUCACAACAAGGAAUACGAGGUGCUUCUUCUACAUCGGGAUUUUAAAGGUGGAAACGCCGGAAAGUAUGCCUUCCACAUACUAAGUUUUGGAUCUAAAUUACAGAGAAAGAUUAUUUUACGGAGAAAUAUUGGCAGACACAUGUAUGUUCCAAGGACUGAAAGACCCCCCGUGAUCAUAAACGGGAUAUUGUAUUGGAUGGCCGACAAGAUAUACAGUGACGUUGUGCCUAACUGUUCAAAUCUGAUUAUGGCAUUCGAAAUAGGAACAAAUAAGUUUAGCACGAUGCAACAUGGUGGAGCUUCUUGUGAUGAUCCUGCUGGCGGUAUCUAUGGUUAUAAGAAGCAUAAUGGUAUGCACUUAAUAGAGAUGGAAGGGCAAUUGGGUUUAUAUCUUCUUUUGGACUAUGAUGCUAAACUUUUGAUAUGGGUUCUAAACCCCACAACAAAUAGCUGGGUUAUAACACACACUGUGGUCCUUCCCAAUCACUCUAUGCCGAAAUAUUUCUCAUGUGAGCCAAAUAGCUUGAAUGUGGAAGUUGUGAAGAUGAAGGAUGGCAAAUUACUAAUUAGACAGAUGGACAGACUGUUGCUUUGCGAUUUGGAUUUGAAUACUCACGGGAUGGUUGACAAGAAAGGAUUUGAGGGUGAUAAUUUUCAACCAGUGAUUCAUACUCAUAGUCUAGUUUCUUUGAAUGCUGAUAAAUUUAUACAGUUACACUCAGGAAGAGAUCACAUUUUUGUUGAUUGA